AAGGCGACACAUGCUAGGAUCAAUCGGCACCGUUGAAACCGAAACACGUGGCGUGAGUCUUUGGUGAUGAGACCUUUGAUCAGAAACCAUUAGCCGUACCAGCAGCCUCCAUUCGUAAAAAGCUUUGCCUUUUUCUCAAUCCAAUCUUCUUCUGCACAUUCCUCUAAAACACAAUCUACUAUUUUUUCCGGUAAAGUUUCACCCAGCUUGAGACUCGAGUUCUACUAUUAGAUCUAAAACUCCAAACCUCCUACUUCUUGAGUGUUCUCUUCGUUGGAGGUUUAUAUUUGAUAUUGUUUUGGCUCAAGAGCUUGGCCGACGACGAGUAUCAGGGUAUUGCGAAAGAUGGCGUCAAAUGAAGGGUUUCUAACCGAUGAGCAGAGAGAGAUGAUGAAAGUUGCAACCGAGAAUGCAGUGAAUAAUCCACCCGCGCAAAGGCCUCACUCGUCUUUGCUCUCAGAGCAUAUGCACAAACCAUCUGCUACUGCUGCUGGUGGGAAAGCUUACGGUGGUGGCUCGAAUGCUGUGAAACAUAGAAGGUCUCACGCCGGCAAGUCUGUCCGUGCAAAGAAGGAUGGGUGUGGUGGGAAAGGAACUUGGGGGAAACUUAUUGACAUUGAUGCAGACUAUCAUAUUGAUAGGAAUGAUCCAAACUAUGACAGCGGAGAGGAACCGUUCGAGCUUGUUGGCGCAACUGUUUCAGACCCGUUAGAUGAUUACAAGAAAGCUGUGGCUUCCAUCAUUAAUGAAUACUUUAGCACUGGCGACGUUGACGUGGCAGCAGCUGAUCUCAUUGAGCUUGGCUCAAGUGAAUACCAUCCUUACUUCAUCAAGCGGCUUGUGUCUGUAUCUAUGGAUAGGCAUGACAAAGAGAAGGAAAUGGCCUCAGUCUUGCUCUCCUCGCUGUAUACUGACGUCAUCAACCCGAGCCAUAUAAGAGACGGAUUCGUCCUGCUGCUCGAGUCGGCUGAUGACUUUGUGGUUGAUAUACCUGAUGCUGUCAAUGUCCUUGCUUUGUUCCUCGCGCGUGCUGUUGUUGACGACAUACUCCCUCCAGCCUUUCUCCCUAGAGCAAGCAAGGCGCUUCCGGUAUCUUCCAAGGGAUACCAAGUAGUUCAAACUGCGGAGAAGAGCUACCUAUCAGCUGCACACCACGCGGAGCUAGUUGAGAGAAGAUGGCUUGAUGCUUCGUUUAGUGACCCCUCUGGUGAAAGUGGACGACAGGAGAUGGAGGAUGAGAAACUCAAGCGGUUCAAGGAAGAGGUUGUGACCAUCAUUCAUGAAUAUUUCAAUUCAGAUGACAUACCUGAGCUCAUACGCAGUCUUGAGGACUUGGGAGCACCAGAGUAUAACCCGAUCUUUCUCAAGAAGCUGGUGACACUCGCUCUGGACAGGAAGAAUCGCGAGAAAGAGAUGGCGUCUGUUCUCCUCUCUUCUCUUCACAUCGAGAUGUUCACCACUGAAGACGUUGCAGAUGGUUUCGUCAUGCUCUUGGAGUCUGCGGAAGACACAGCUCUUGACAUCCUGGAUGCUUCCAACGAGCUUGCUCUCUUCCUAGCUAGAGCUGUGAUCGAUGAUGUUUUAGCACCGUAUAGCCUCGAGGAGAUCUCUAGCAGACUAGUACCAAACUCGAGCGGGACUGAAACAGUUAAGAUGGCUAGGUCCCUUAUCUUUGCACGCCAUGCAGGAGAGAGGCUUCUACGUUGCUGGGGAGGUGGAACCGGUUGGGCAGUGGAAGACGCAAAGGACAAGAUCUUGAAUCUUCUGGAGGAAUAUGAAAGCUCAGGGCUGGUGUCAGAAGCUUGCAAAUGCAUCCAUGAGCUAGGCAUGCCGUUCUUCAACCACGAGGUGGUGAAGAAGGCGCUGGUCAUGGCUAUGGAGAAGAAGAAGGACAAGAUUGUGGUGGAGCUUCUCCAGGAGAGUUUCGGUGAAGGGCUGAUCACCAUAAACCAGAUGACCAAAGGGUUCACUAGAGUCAAAGACGGGCUUGAAGAUCUUGCUUUAGACAUCCCAAACGCAAAGGAGAAGUUCAGUGAGUACGUGGAGCAUGCAAAGAAGAAUGGUUGGGUCUCGUCUUCGUUUGUAACUUCUCUUACGGAAGAUGCUAAGCUAGGCUAAAACCCAAUGUACAAGUUUGUUUCUCUCUUGAGCAUCAUCCAUCCCUUUCGUUGUUUCUUUGCACUUUUUUUAUGCUUUGAGAAUUCUACAAGGGAGUUAUAAUCUUUUAACGGAUGUUAGUUAAAACGUUUGUUUCUUCAGGGACCAGUUUUUAAAAAUAAAGAACUUUGGGGCUA